UUUAGAGAAGAACAACGACUUCGAGAACUUGAAGAAGAACAAGAACGUUUGAAUAAUUCCCUUUUAUCUUUAUCAACGCAUUUUGCUCAAGUGCAGUUUAGAUUGAAACAAAUAAGUCAAGCUGAUAGUUGUGAUAAGGAUAAAUUAUUAAAAGAUCUUCAAGAAUUUGCAUUCCGAGGAUGUACAGAUGUUGAAGAAGUUAAGCGGAAAAUUGGUAAUAAUUUUGGAUUAGGCAAAGAAGGUGUUAAUCGACAAAAAGAACGUCAAAUGGAACUUAUAACUCAACUAAAGAGACAGUUAGAAGAGUUAGAGAAAUUUGCUUAUGAAACAGGCGAAGGCGGUCUUCCAAGUAGUGAAAUUAUUGCUAGACAGAAAGUUGUGAUUGAUAAACUUCAUGAAAAAAUGCAACUUAAUUUGGAAUUGGAUAAAAUGUCGCAAUCGGAUUUGCAGAAGCAAGUCGAUGAAGCUCUUAAACAGCUCAUCAAUCCUAUAAAAGCCAAGGAAAAACUCGUAGAACAACUUCAAACGCAAAUUGUUGAUCUUGAACGUUUUGUCAGCUUUUUACAAGGUGAAACAGCAGACCGUACUCCCACAUCUUUUUCGUCAACUCGUACUAAACCAGUUAAAAAAAAUAUUUUUAUGAAUCUUAUUGGAUGUGGAAACAACAGAUUUGAACGCAAUGAGUUAAAAAACACGAUUCAAGGAAAUCAUUAUGGGUUAGUACCAAAGCACUAUAAUAAAUUGAUCAUCUUUCUUUUUAAUUUCUUAGAUGAAAGAGCUAGGCUUGAGUUGGCUGUUGAUAGUACAGUUCAAGUACUGGAGAAGUAUCUUUUAUUGUCAGUCGAACAUGAAAGGAGAGAAAUUAUUCCUCCAAAUUACUUGGAUGAGGUUUUUGAACGCAGUGAACAAGAAGUUGUGAGUGUAAUUCGGAAGGUAUUUUGUCCCGCUUUGCGCAGUUUGCUGGAACAUGGAAUGAAUUCUGCUACAGUUCGAUUAUCAAAUCCUUUCAUUUCAUUUGGAUGUUUACCUUCUCGUAAAGUAUCUCAGAAAUUAAAUCAUAUAUGGGAUGUUAUAUUAUUUUAUUAUGAUUCAAAAUGGGGACGAGAAUUAAGUGACGCCCCUGUGCGUCAGUUAUCACAGAGUUUUCAACUUGAUGAAAUUGGUGGUCGAAGUAUCACCUCCAAGCAGAUUUUAUUGACAACAAUCGAAAAUAUAGUUGCAACUCAUAGUAAAUUGAAACGAACACCGGAUGCAAUGUGGAAAGCUUUUGUUUCGGCUGCACUCAAUGAAAAAAAAUUACCGGCUUGGAUACGAAUCAUUUUUCGAACUCGACAAGUAAUACAACAGUGUUAUUCAUCAUGGGCUUAUGUUGCAAGAACAGGUUGUGAGGAUUGCUAUAUACUUUUGGAAUCGCUGCAUAAAUAUAACUUCAUACUUCCAGUUGAUUUGGCUGUUCGACCUUUUCAUCAAAUGAAGGAUGCUUUCUGA